CAGAAGGAAGCCAUGAAAACCAUGAAAACGUCCACGAUCUGCACGAAAAGUUGAUCAGGGAACAAGUUUUGGACCCCGAGGCACGUUGGACUGGGAUGCGGGGAUCAUCGUGCGUUGGGAAGUCUGGGAAGUCAACGGGAACUUUAACUGCGCGUCUGCUCAUGAUUCACUACUGAUGACGACCGUCCAUAUGAAUGGAGGAAGUACAAAGUUUGGUGCUCGAGUUUAAAGUUUCAGCUCUCUUUACCACCCAACCGUUGUGCAGCUCUCGUGGUAAGUAGGACGCGGUGGUAAAGCAGGCCGGAUCCCCUCUGUGGUCCAGAUGAAGUGCUUGCUGAUAGCCAGCCACAGCGCUGAGGUCCUCUUCCACUGGACUGACCAGGAGUUCCAGCACAAUGUCCAGGAACAGUAUGGAGCAUCUCAGGAAGAGGGCGAGAGGCUUCCAGCCUUCGAGGACAUCAUCAGCACUUUGUUUGCGCCCAUCAUUAUUUCCUGCUCCACCAUGGUGUACGGACAAGGGGACGGCUACACCUCCUUCACCACAGAAAACAACCACAUCUAUGUUUUACACCAGUUUGAUGAGUGCCUGUACAUAGCUGUGAAUGGAGAUGGGGAGGAGAAGGAGGACGAUCUGAGGAGGAAGAUCUGCGUGAUGAAGAAAAUGAUUGACGUAAUGUUUGGGAUGGUCACUCUCAGUGGGGAUCUCCUGAGAAAAGAACUUCGUCCUCAGGACACAAAGCAAAGAGCGGUGCUGUGGAAGCAUCUCCAGGGCCUGCUGGAGACUUACAGCCACCUCCGGGAGAAUGACCAGAGCUUCUUAGUGGAGGCAGUGGAGAGGUUAAUCCACCCCACUCUGUGUGAGCAGUGCAUCGAGUUCUUGGAGCGUCGUUUGGUUCAGCAGCUCAACAGCAGUGUUGACAGAGCAGGAGAGGAGGUGCUGCAUGCCUUCAUCCUGGUUCACACCAAACUCCUCGCUUUCUACUCCAGCCGCAAUGCGAGCACGCUCACCACUUCAGACCUCCUGGCACUCAUCAUCAUGGCCCAGAACAUGUAUCCAAGUAACGCAGACCUGGAUGAGCCGAGUCCCGAGGAUAUCGAGAGCACAUCUGGUUCUGGUCCUGAGAGUUUUUACACCCCAGAACCCUCCCCAUCUAGCAGAAACUCCAGCGGUUCAGAGAGGCCAGUCAGAGGAAACACCCCCGUGUUUGAGUUUGUGGAUCCAGACAUCCAGAUGGCAGAAGACAGCUUGGACACCCUGGAAAUUAGUCCGCCUGACCCGUCAACACCGAGCAGAGUCUUCCUUGAGGUCUCACAGCGGGAUGGGCUUUAUCCCAUGAUGCCCCACUCCAUGUACUGUCUUCCACUGUGGCCUGGGAUCACAUUAGUGUUACUAACCAAGGUUCCCACCAGUGCAGUGGCCAUGUCGGUCUACAAAUUUCUGGAGGCCUUCGCCAAGUUGGAGAAGCGCUUAAGUGAAGGUCAAGCAGGUUCUGCAGCAGCCAGAGGACAGCUGAAUAUACAUGACAUCCGAAACAAGCUGGACAAGUUCAUUAAAGCCUUGGGACCUAGUGAAUUACAGUCUGCACAGCUUCAAAAUGUGUGGACAGAGUUCAAGAACAGAGCCUUCGCCAGAGGAGGACCGGGGCUGAGCAACGAUCUCAUCCCAGUGUGUAAGGCUAUGAAGACCCAGCUGUGUGGCAUUUACCGGCAGUGUUUUCUUACUGAUCCUGGACCGUCUGACAUUCCUCGACGCCUCUCCCCUGCUCUGCAGGAACGAGCCCAGGCUAUGGUGCAAGAGAAGCUGGUGGACUGGAAGGACUUUCUGUUGGUGAAAAGCAAGAGAAACAUCACCAUGGUGUCUUACCUGGAGGAUUUUCCAGGACUCGUCCAUUUCAUCUGUGUGGACCGAUCGAGCGGCCAGAUGAUCGCUCCGUCUCUCAUCAUCACCGAGCGCACCACGUCUGAGCUUGGGAAGGGGCCGGUGGCUCAUUAUAUCAAAAACAAGGUGUGGGGCCUGGUCAGGACGACACGGCACUAUCUCCAGAGGGGUUACUCCACUGUCACACUUCGCGAUGGAGAUUUCUAUUUCUGCUACUUCCUGUGGUUUGAAAACGAAACCGGGUAUAAACUAGAGGCUGGGGACAUACCCAUCCUCUCGGAUGACUCUGCGCCCAUCGGGAUGCUCGCGUGGGAUUACUACAGGAAGCUGCUCCGGUACUACAGUAAGAGCCACCAGGGCGAGGCGGUCAAGUGCUACGAGCUCCUGACGGUGCACCUGGGGGUCAUCCCCACUGAGAUCAUUCUCCAGCACUGCAGACAGCUGGCAAGCAAGCUGUGGGAGCCCUCUCGUAAUCCGCUGCUGUAGGCGGCCCAACACACUUUACCUGAAGGGCAAAGGUACUAUUUUGUUGCCUUAAGAAGAACAUAAAGAGAGAAAAAAAAUGAUGAUCUGACUGUGACUGUGUUCUGCACCUUUUGCUUCAUGUUUUCAGUUUGUUCGUUUUUUUUUUUUAAAUUGUGUACAAGAUGAAGUAUCCUUAAUUAAUUUAUUGGAAGCACUUAGAUUUAAGAUUAGUAUGAUCAUUGUGAAUGUAAGCGCCAUUUUGUCUCUCCAUGAAAUGUAUAUUAAUAAUAUUUGUCCUCACCUUUUGUCAGAUUCUUGAACUUAUGACCUGGUUUGCAAUUUUUAAUAAUAUUUUACUUGUAUAUAGUUUCUUUACACCAUUUAAAUUUAGUGACUACUAAUCCCUAGAAAUGUCAAUGCUGUCCAUGUUGACGUUUGGUGCUGCCUGCCUGUUACAUGAAUGAAAGAUGCUGAAGAAAUGAUGCCUCCGCUGUCUCAGUUAAACCAAAACUUUGUAAUCUUUGGGGAGAUGGUACUUGAAAAUGACAACAAAAACAACAAGCCCAUUCCUCCCCCUCCCUCUCUGCUGUGCUGCAUGGAUCACCAGAGCCCCUACCUGCAAAAGAGACUGCCCUCCAAGAGCAGGCUGGUAUCCAUGGCAACUCUUAAAGUGGCAGCGUUGUUCCGGCACAUUGGCAACCAGUGCAACUGUUCAGUUUUACAUGGUGACAGUUUGUGAUCAAAAGUUUAUUCAAGUUACCAAAUCCUGAUAAGAUACAUGUUUUUUAUGGAAAAAAAUAUCAGUCCCACAUUCACUUGAUUCAGUCUUUGUAAAUAGAAUUAUUUGAGGCACUGAAUAGUGAAUUCAUUCAACAUCCAGCCGUUCACUAUUAGUGAUAGCACAGCAUUCACCCACAACUAUUUUACACAUCGUAGUGGGUGAUUUAUUGUGUUUUUUUGUUUUUUUGUUUAUAAAAAAAGGAAUACUCAA